CAGGUACAUCCAUCCUAUCUAAUCACUUCUUCUAAAUAUUUCUUCGACUCUCUACCUCUCCUCAUAUCCACCUCAGACAACCUCUCAAACUUUCCCAAUGGGACAUUUGUGCGUUAUUUUUUACAUGUUCAAAUCAUCGAUCUCACUUUACUCAUUUUAUUCAGUGUACUAAAUUUCUUCGAUCCUAAUUUUAUAUCUCUUAAUAUAUCACACAUUCAUCCUAAUUUUGAACCUGAGCUUUAUCUUCUCCGAAUUUUACUUAUGAAAUUUCACUUGAUACGUUAUUAUUUUAUUACUACUUUAUUCCAACUCACCUUUUUUGACCUUAUUAUUCAUUUCCUUCAUCUGUCGGUCCAACCUCUCUCCCCCAAAUCAGAACCCCCUAACAAAGAGAAAACACAAAUCGAUCUCCAUUUCUACAUCUCUCAUAGCUCUAAUUUUGGAGCUUUAAUGGAGUCGUCUUCACCAUCAGCAGCUUCACGAGAACUGAAUGAGGUACAAGCAGAUCUUCCUUCAUCUGUAAGAUCCGUUUCGAGAACCGGAGCUCCGAAUAAUAUGGUUAUGGGGAAACAUCGUCUUGCUGCUGCAAUUUCUGCUCUCAAUCAGCAAAUCAACAUCAUUCAGGAAGAAUUGGAUCAGCUUGAUUCAUUUGGUGAAGCUUCACUCGUUUGCAGAGAAUUAGUUUCAAGUGUUGAGUUAAUACCUGAUGCUCUCCUUCCAGUGACUAGAGGGCCAAUAAAUGUUCAUUUAGAUAGAUGGUUUCAUGGAGGCAACGACUCAAGACGCAACAAACGCUGGAUAUGAAAAAGGAAUUUGUACCAAAAACUACGUAAAUCAAUUCGAAUACCCUCUUCUUUUUUGGUUUAUUUUGUAAAUUAAAUUUUUAAAUUUCUGUGUUAUCUUGACUGCUAUAUUAUUAGGUCUUUAAAUUCUAUGUAUAUCUGCUGUUGAAUAUUGCAGAUGAAAUAAUGUAGGUAAGUAUGUUUUGUAACUCAUACACUUCCCAAGUAUUAAUAACAAUGUGUUGUAAGUACAAAAAA